CAAUAAAAAUGUGUAAAUGCUCUCUGCAGAGAUGCGACCUCACCUCAGUCGGUAUAGAAAAGCAUGAUAAAGGUUGUGGAAAAUGGAUAAAAAUGUUGAAAGAACCCCCAGUUCCUUAUUAGGCGAAGAUACAAUAUUUAUUCCUUGUCUCAUGGGAUAAAUCUCUUCUGCCUAUUGUCCUCCCCGUUCUCACUGCUGAUGCUUAAUUUUCAAAACUUCUAUAUUACCAAGGGACCUACGACAUCAGCCAAAGAAAUUCUCAGCAAGUACAAAAUCUGUUCCAGGGAGCUGCUUUUGUGCAGAGGGAAAAUUUUGUUCCUACAGGUUUUUAAGUGGGUACGAGGCAAGGAGCUAUCUGAUCCGGGCAAAACCAUUACAGUUUAGAUCUCUAUCUACGGAACAUUUUUUUUUUUUCUUCCUUUAAAAAAAAAUUGGAAAAUACAAGAAGUUUUGGAUUUUUUUUCCUGAUUCUUUUUUUGGAGGGGGAAAUUGCAUCGUAAGCUUUUGGAGAAACCCAUCAUGUCAACUACCUUUCCCGGACUAGUCCACGAUGCGGAGAUACGUCACGACGGAUCAAACAGCUACCGUUUGAUGCAGCUUGGCUGUCUGGAGUCCGUAGCCAAUUCCACGGUUGCCUAUUCCUCCUCCUCUCCUUUAACUUACUCUACCACCGGCACCGAGUUUGCGUCCCCCUACUUCUCCACUAACCACCAGUACACCCCGCUCCACCACCAGUCCUUCCAUUACGAGUUCCAGCACAGCCACCCGGCGGUCACUCCCGACGCCUACUCUCUGAACUCGCUCCACCACUCACAACAGUACUACCAGCAGAUUCACCACGGGGAGCCCACCGACUUUAUUAACCUGCACAAUGCGCGGGCUCUCAAGUCCUCCUGCCUGGACGAGCAGAGGCGGGAGCUGGGCUGCCUCGAUGCCUACCGCCGCCACGACCUGUCCCUCAUGAGCCAUGGCUCUCAGUAUGGAAUGCACCCAGAUCAAAGACUCCUGCCAGGGCCCAGCCUGGGGCUGGCCGCCGCGGGAGCCGACGACUUGCAGGGUUCCGUGGAAGCCCAGUGUGGGAUUGUUCUCAACGGCCAAGGGGGGGUGAUCAGAAGAGGUGGCACCUGUGUAGUCAACCCCACAGACUUGUUUUGCUCAGUUCCCGGUCGUUUGUCUCUUCUCAGUUCUACUUCCAAAUACAAGGUGACUAUCGCUGAGGUAAAGAGGCGCCUCUCACCACCCGAGUGCCUCAAUGCUUCACUUCUGGGAGGCAUUCUGAGGAGAGCAAAAUCCAAGAAUGGUGGUCGUUGCCUGAGAGAAAAACUGGAUAGGCUUGGCCUAAACUUGCCAGCUGGAAGACGGAAAGCAGCCAACGUUACCUUGCUCACUUCUUUAGUUGAAGGUGAGGCUUUGCACUUGGCUCGGGAUUUUGGCUACACAUGUGAAACAGAGUUUCCAGCCAAGGCAGUAGGAGAGCAUCUCGCCAGACAACAUAUGGAACAGAAAGAACAGACAGCAAGAAAAAAGAUGAUCCUAGCCACCAAGCAAAUUUGUAAAGAAUUUCAAGACCUCCUGAGCCAGGAUAGAUCACCACUGGGAUCCUCCAGACCCACUCCCAUUCUAGACCUUGACAUCCAGAGGCACUUAACACAUUUCAGUUUGAUCACUCAUGGUUUUGGGACCCCAGCAAUAUGUGCAGCUCUAAGCACUUUCCAGACAGUCCUCAGCGAGAUGCUUAACUACUUGGAAAAACACACUACUCACAAAAACGGUGGUGCGGCAGACUCUGGUCAAGGACAUGCCAACUCGGAGAAAGCCCCGCUGCGGAAAGCUUCAGAGGCUGCUGUGAAAGAGGGCAAAACAGAAAAGACAGACUAGCUGCAUCAAACAGAAUCUAUUUCCAGAGAGUCUUGCUGCUCAUAUUUUUUUUUCUAAUAUAUACAUCAUUGAGGGUGACUAAUCUUCAGAGGACCAAAUCUUUACCCUCCCUGAGCCCUCCAUAAAAUAAAAUCAAAAGUGGAAAUGAAAACAAAAAAAAGUAAACAAAAAAAAAAUGACCGAUCCAAAACAAUGAGAAAGAGGAAAACAGCAGUGUAACUGUGUGAUGGAAUUGUCACUUUUUUUUUUUUGUUAUGAUAAAACUUCUGUGCACGUACUUGAUUGUUCUGAAUUAUAUACACCACAGUUUUCAAGCACUUCUGGACUUCGGAGAGGCAGCACAUGUUUUUUCACAUAUAAUUGAUGCACUUUCUUAUCCAGCUAUAUAGUUAGGGGUCAGUCAGAGAGCAUGACCAAACUGGAGUCUGUCACCAAUGACUGCUGCUCCAGUCUUCCCUGACUUAACUCCCUAUCACUGAAGAGUGCCUCUUUCUAUUAAAUAGGCCAAUCUGAAAUUAACCACUGAUACAUGUUUGAGGAACUGACAAGGACAGUCACAAACUUUUUGAGCUGACAGCAGUUCUAAAUAUUUGGUCACCCCAUAUUACUGAAUUAUCCGUGCCUUGGUGGUGUUUAAAAAUUCCAGAAACUGUCUCCCUUCCCUUCCUCUUAGCUCCCCUUUCCCAUUUCUAAGAACAUACUCAAAAGACUUAUACAACACUGUAGGGAUAAGAGAUGAACUCUUCCAUGCCAACUGCACAGUUCAAAGAAACACUGAAUUUGGUCAAUGGGGUAUACAGAUGCAGAGGAGGGGAGCUUUGCCAUUAUUGGGCUCUCUGUCAAAUACAAUGACAUUAUUUUGCCUAAAAAUUAUGAGAAUAGGAGCAGGGGUAUUUCUGAGCAGUCCUGCCUGUAAGACAUGGGGCCCCUUCAAAGUGCUGGUGGCAAUGAUUGUGUGGUUGAAGUGAGAGCCAUGUUUUUGCGCUUCUAUGCUAUUUCUACCUGUUCCACAUGUUCUAAACUUUUAGAGGCACAAAAGCACCCAGGCUGUGUUCAAUAAAGAAAGCAAACAGAAUAAUUAGAGAAGACUUUUGCUUUUCAGAUGUUUUCUUUUUUUUUUUCCCCAUAGCUUAUUCUUAUAGCUUUUUUACCUUUCAUUUAAGACACUACAAACAAGAAGUUCCUGACUGCAAAAGCCAGGGAUAAUUGAAAGACUGUUUGGUCCACAUAAACCUGUAUAUGUCAAGAAAGUUGGUUGCCACUACAUUGUUCUAGCUUUUCUACUGUUAACAAUUAAACUUCAAUAUAGGCAAAUAAAAACAUAGAUCAUUAUGUAAUAAAGUAAUUAUUUUCAUGUGUGGAUAUUCAACACUUAGUUUAGCAUGAAAAUAUUACCCUCUCAUUUACAUACUUCAAUUAUUUUAAAGAGCUCUGCCAUAUUAUAACUUUUUCAAGAAUAUUAGCAUUAUAGCUAAUGAGAGGAAGUAUCUGGAAUUUUCAUGUAUGAAUCAAAGAAGCUAUUUUUACCUGACAUUAAUUCUUAAAACCAUUAUCUUGAGUCUUGUACAGAAAUGAACCAUAACCACUGAAAACCUAAAGUUUUUAGAUUAAAUUUAUUCAACAGGAGACAUGUUUGAAGAAUUCCAUAACAAUAGGAUAUUAUAGUAAUACAGUAGAAGAGCUUGAAAUAAAAAUAAAAGAAUUAUGAUUUCAUGUGUUUAGUUCAAUUUUUCAAUUUUAUCAUUAUUGAUGACUUUAAUUUUUAAAUAAAAUAAAGCAAAACCAACAUUCUUCCACAAUUCCAAAUGUCAUCAGAAAAUGAGUAAUACUAUGUUACAAGUCUCCCACAUUGUAAAAUAUGCACACAAAACAAAAAUAAUAUUUGAGUUUAGUAAGUGGUAGGAAAGUUACAUCUAGAUAAUGUGGACUACUAUAUCUGCAAUGAAAUUUCCACAUUAAUUGUUCUUUAUCGCAUUUAUUAUUAACAAUACAUUUGUAUUUAAUAUGGCAUUUUAAGAUGCAUACUGCUAGGUACUUGAUGCUAUAACCAUGGCAAAUGUUCACAAAUAUUCAAAUGGAACACUAGAUCUGGCUUAUGUUACAAGUCAACUUCUUCACCCUUAGUUGUAACUGGUUUGGAUUCAAAACACCUCAGUGGGGGUGUUAUUUAUUAGCCUUGAAACAAAAUGUAACUAUAACUACAGUGCAUAUUAUUUACCAGGAUUGUGGGUGUUUUAAGAGCCUUCAUGGACAGCGCCCACCAUUUGACUCUACCAGUCAUUAGAACAUAAUCAAGUUGAUGAACUGGUCCAGUUUAAAAUCAUCAUUUAUUAUCAUAUUCUAAUAUUCAUUGUUAAUACCAGCUUUUGCCUUGUAUAUAAUAGGUACUCAACACUUUUUAAAUAAAUGAGUAA